CAUCACGCCUGAGGGUAUAUUUUGUCUAUCGGUUACCAAAGACACGUAUCAUCGUCUUGGUAUUGAAGGAAAAUUAUCAGCGUUCGCUAAAAAACAUCGCAAUCGUUACACGUGAAUUGAACUUCGGCGGUACACAAAACAAUGCCAAAAUAUAAGCAAGUGAAAAGUCUUGAAACGCUCGCAUUGAGAGCGCUCACAGCUUAUAUUCGUGAUUUGGGCGAAGAAUUGAUGCCACUAUACACGAAAGCAUUUGAACUAGUUAUGCCCGAUUUUCACAUGGACGCAAUGGAUUUGAAUGCUUAUGAUGACGAGUAUAUCGAAGAUGAAAUUGAUUUUUUGGACGAAUUGGAACAAAUUCGCGAAUUGGAUUUAGAACAAAUUCGUGAGUUGGCACGACGCCGCCGUAAAUCUUCAACCAAGUCAUUGUCGGAAAGUCAUCGCAAUAGUUUUACUCAAAAACAAUUGCAAGAGAUACUUCGGGCACGCGUUGCAAUUUUACAUGAUUUAUUCCAAUACAAUGUGCCGUGUUACCUGUUUGAUCGGCUUCGCAUGUCUCUGUUCAGCGAAAUACCGAGAAUGGUGGAUCGCAUUAAGGCAAGACGCAGCAUAAAGACAACACAAGGCGAAUUUAUGUCACAAAUUAAUGUGGCCGUCACACUUGUGGAAACAAUCAUCGGCCCAUAUCUAACGUAUCAUAAUUUCGAGGAGACACCAAAAGUGUUGCAACAAAUUUUCUAUAUGCGACUCAAAGACAUGAAGGGAUUGGAAUUUUUGAAUUUGGGUUCAUUGACGGGCGGAUGGAAAACGGACGACAUGGAACCGACGAUUAUGUUGGGUUUGGACAAUAUGUCAAAUUUGCAAUAUCUGAGCAUAAAUUAUGACUGUACCGAUAAUCUUCUACUGAAAUUGAUCGAAAAAUGUCCGCGUCUUACUUGCCUUGAUCUUUCAUCGUCGAAAGCCGUUAAUGAUGAUAGCGUUAAUUUAUUGGUACGAAUACCAUCUCUGCGAUUCGUUAAUUUGCAUCGGACAUCGGUGACAAUGGAAGGGUAUAUUAAACUCUUAUUGGGGCUGAAAAAAAUUGAAGACAUUGGACCAUUCGAUGAAAUUGGCCGUUGCUUGGAGUAUAUCGCUGAUAAUUACCAUGAUUUUAAAGGAUUUGCGUUGAAAAAAUUCUGCAGUCGAUAUGUGACUACUCGAUUUUUGCAAAUCAUUUCGGAAUAUUGUCCAGAGAUGCAGCAUGUGUCAAUUUUUUUCAAUAUGUUAAUAUGCGAUCUCACUGCGCUCAUUGGCAUCAAUAAAUUGUCCAUUCUUCAUUUGUUAUCGUGUGACUUUUUCAGUGAUCAAAUUCGCGAUGUACUCGCUGUCAAAGGAUGUAAUUUAACGCAUCUUCAUUUGGAACACGUCGAUCAAAUCGAUAUGAAUGCUCUCAUGUAUAUCAGUCAAUAUUGUCCGGAUUUGCAGGUUUUCACCAUUUACAAUUGUGAAAUGAUCGAAAGUACGUCGCUUUAUUUACAAAAACCAUCCAUACCGCCGUUUAUGAAUUUGGAGAAAUUAACCGUGAUCGCCCAGUGUGACCGUCGUCAUUUGGAAUUUUUAUGGUCCACAUGUUUACAAAUCAAAGUGAUCAAAUGCGGAAUGAUGGUACCGACCACCGAUGAACUAUUUGAAUACAUUUUAUCGCGGAAUCCAAUGGAACAUUUGGAAGAAUUGAGCAUUCUCCGUUCAGACGGAUUAACCAUUGGCAUGGCAUAUAAAUUCGUUGAAAUUUGCCCAAAACUCACUCAACUCAACGAACUAGAGGGAUGGAGCCUAAUCAAAGAAGAUGAACUACAAUUGUUUAAAACAUUUAUUAAAACCAAUAAUCUUGAAUUGAAUAUUGAAUCGAAACGCUUUCAAACGACAGCCGAAGAACUGAUUUAAUUUUAAUUUUAUACGAAUCAAUUGUAUUUAUGCAUAAUUAUUUAAUAUAUAUUGUUUAUACCUGUUCAUACUCAAUCACGAUUGUUUUUACUCACCAUGUCCUCUGACGUUCAUUG